AUGGACAAGUUCUCCUGCUCCAUGGCAGCUGACGUGAUGGAAGCAUGCUACAAGGUCGGUUUCAAGAAACUUAUCGACGAUGUCAGCGUCCUUGCCAUCGAAAGAUGUCUAAUCCAGAAGCUCCCCCAUCUUCUUUCCCUCGAGGUCAUCUGGGAUCUUUCCGAUGCAGAAGUCCAGUGCAUCGCGGCUGAGAGCGGGGCCUCAUCCACCGACAGAUUGCAUGCGACGGAGAAGCUGCGAGUAUUACCGGCUGGUUUGGCAGAGUUGAAGAGAAUGAGGAAGCACGAUCGGUCGAUGCCGGACGCAUAG